AUGGAAAGGUAUGACAGGCAACUGAGACUUUGGGGGCCACUGGGCCAAGAUAAUUUGAAUCGGUCCCGUGUAUGCGUGAUUGGACCUGCUACACCUUUACUUCAGGAAGUUUUUAAGAAUCUAGUGCUUGCUGGAGUAUCCUCUCUUACAUGGCUCAAAGAAAAGUGUGCGGCUCAAUCAAGUUCUUUGUUUUUGGCAGACUUCAAAAAAGAUCUUGAGCCAAUGGCUUCUAAUCAGCUAGAAUAUGAGGAAAACGAUCUCGUAAACAUACUACAGCAAUCUCGGUAUGACUGGACCCGUUUUUCGGUAGUAGUCUUGACUUGUCUCAGCAAGCAUAGUACACUACUCGAUUUGAAUGAAGUUAAACGGCAAAGGGGAGCAAAUUUUCCGCCUGUUCUGAGUGCUUUUGUCUCUGGUUUUUAUGGGUAUAUGAAUUUGGUACUCUCAGAGACGCAUUUUAUUCUGCGAGCGCAUCCAGAAAGUAAGAAGUAUGAUUUACGAUUACAAAAUCCCUGGCCCGAAUUGGUAAACUAUGUCAAUACGUUUGACCUAAGUAGGGUGGAUCUAGCAACCUUUUCUGGUAUUCCGUAUAUUGUUUUGCUCAUAAAGUGUGUUACAAAGCUCAAAAAAGAUGGUAAUAAUGAGAAAAUAACAACGGAUUUGGUGAAGGACGCUUUGAGCCAAAUUUGCCUUCCUCUUGGAAAUAAUGUUCUCUAUGAACCUAACUAUAUAGAAGCUAGACGCUAUGCGUAUUUGGCAUGUCCUCAAAAUGAUUCUAGCAAUGAACUAGAAGACUUGCUCCGAAAUUUGAAGAUAUCAUAUUGCGGGCAUGAAUGGUUUGAUAUCUACAAUCACGAGAUUCUCACGCUACUAUUAGCUCUAAAAAGCAUAUCCGAAGAGAGUGAGGAGCUUGGUUUUCAACCGUUAACGGGUUCACUCCCAGAUAUGGAAUCAACUACGGAAAAUUACAUUAAGCUCAAAGAACUUUAUGAAGUGAAAGCCAAGCUUGAUAGGUUCAGAAUAGAACAAAGUUUGACCCGAAGUAAGAAAAAGGUUUCAAAAGACGUCCUAGGCACGUUUUGUUCACACUACGGGGAAAUCAGGAGAAUAAUGCCAUCGAAAAGUGACCUGCUAGGUAUUUUUAGUACCUCAAAUACUCUUUUGAAUGCAUUGGUGGUGGUGCAGUUCUGCGGGCAACUUACAGAAAUUAUAGAGUCCAAAGAUGAGUUCACUGGUCUGCAGGCUGAUGGUAACUAUUCGGUUAUGGCUUUUCUUGGAGGUGCAGUGGCACAAGAAGCGAUAAAACUUAUCACUCAUCACUAUGUUCCUAUUGAUAACUUAUUUCUAUACAACGGAGUCGAUAAUUCAUCUACGACAUACAAAAUAUAA